CUCUCUCUCUCUCUCUCUCUCUCUCUCUCUCUCUCUCUCUCUCUCUGUCCCCUCUCUCUGCGCAUGCGUGAACGAGGGGGCGGCACGUUGAGCGUAUAGUCGUCUUUGUUCUCCCGGUGAUAAGUUUAGUGUGAGUGUUGUUUUGUGAGCAUUAGCUCAGGGUUAAACAGCAGGACGUGUGUUUCCAGUUUUGCACUGAGAGCAUAUGGCUGGCCCAGGUCCUGAAAGCCUGGCGUUUCUCACACCACGCCAUGCUGUUAGAAUAGACUCGAGUGUCAGUGUAGAGGAGUGUUGUUUAGCUGUAGGGAAGCUAGUGGGCUGUAACAACAUCCUGGCUGCAGACCGAAUGAACAAGAACAUUAUCUUCGUCAGAACUGUCGGUUUAGCGAACAGUUUAGUAGAGAGUGGGGUGGAGAUUGGUGGUGUUUUUACUCCUGUGCUUCCUCUGCAUACCCCUAAAACAGAAGGUCAGGUUGUCGAAUGAAAAGGUGUAUUUCAGUCGUUUACAUGAUGGUGAAAGAUAACAGAGAAGAUUUAGAUUUAACGAAGACACAAGGACCAUACUGAGACCAUACUGAGGAGAAACACAGAUCACUGCAGCACAUGAGUUCAGUCAGGAGGCACCUGGGGAACACAGGAUUAAGUGGACCAUCAACUGAAGGAGAGAACAGUAGAUGAGGAAGAACAUGCAUCUAAAGCUCUACCACAAUGUGAGACGUCCAGAAGCUGGAAAAACUCCUGACUGAAAGUUUGAUAAAGAUUAAAGAGCGUCACUGUCUGAUGCCGAGACCAGCAGAUCAGACAAAGGAGCUAUUUAUUCAGAGACUGAUCCUCCUGCACUAGUGUCCCCCCCCCCCCCAUGCACCAAGGAUCCAUCUGAUUUCUGCCAGAUUAGAGACGGACUCCUCUUUAUCUGUCUCUUCUGGUACAGAUUCAUUGAGCUUUUGUCCUGAUUUUUACUUAUUAAUCCAUUCUAUAAUUAGAAAUCUGUAUAAAAGACAGCAUAAUGUUUGUCAUCAAUUAUUAUCAGAUCUGUAUGGAUAGAAAACAAUAAAAAAGAAAAUCUAAAAAAGAACAGACCACAUGCUCCUCAGCUCAGCAGCACAAUUUGUUGCUUUCUGCAUGUGUUUCAAUGGUGAAAUCAUGACAGAAGUCUUAACAGAUUAGGUGAAAUGUCAUUUUUAGUUUUUCACUUCUUUCUGAGCCGCUCUGAAGAACUAUUUGUGAAUAAAUGGUUCUUCUUGUAAAUUAAAAAAAAGUAAAGUGUUUAUGAAUCAGUUAAUAUGCAUGUAGAUUAGUCUGAGCUUGUUAUUAUGAAGUGUGAUGAGUGAUUGAGAUAUUUGUCUGUUAGUGUAAAACCUUUGGACUGGAAGUGUUAGUAUAUAUUUUAAUAUCCAUAUGGCCUUAACAUGUCUUUUCACUGCUUCCCAGAGAGAUCUCAUAAAUCUGUGAUUAUCCCCAGCUAGUGUGUUCUCCUUAACCAUUUUAACAGUAUAGUGUUUUACACAGUGUCUGAUUGUUAAACACUGAAAUAUAUUCUAGAUAAGUCAUUUAAAUACCCCAUGUGUAUUGUUAUUUUAUUAGUGAAAAACAUUGUUAGCGUUUGUCUUAGGGUUUUUUCCCCACAUAAAUUUAGAGAACAUUAUUUGACCUCUCUGUAAUCAGUUAUUUAAAGUUUUAUUAGAAUCUGUUUUCUUUUCAAGUCAAGAAGCUUUUAUUGUCAUUUCAACCAUAUAUAGCUGUUGCAGUACACAGUGAAGAGACGUUUCUCCAGGAUCAGGGUGCUACAUAAAAGGGCUAAGGACAUACUGCAGAUCUUGUACUGCGCCCUCUGCUGUUUGCGGCUGGAGCUGCAGCUGCAGUCACGGCCGCAGGAGUUUAUUAUUAUAUUAAUUUAGACGGCGAUGGAGAGAGAAAGGCGGAGCGCGCAGACUCACCUGAUACCGGAGGAUAGUGAGCGAGCAGAGGAGGCUUACAGAAUCCUGCAGUCCCAGUAUGAAGAGACAUUAAAACAGCGGGAUGGGCUACUAAUGGUCUCUCUGCCUGAAGCUGAGAGGAAAUACAAGCAGGUGAUGAAGACGAAUGCCCAGCUGGAGAAGGAGAAGUCCAAGCUGAUGUCCAGGGUGGACACACUGCAAGGCUCAAUGCAGCAGCUGGGCCACCUUCUGUGUGAGACACGCACAGAGUGUAUUGAGGCAAAGAGGAAAUAUGAAGUAGAGCAGAAAAUCUGUAAAUAUGUGCAGAACAAACUUGACGAGAAGAAGGCAAAGCGUAAGGAGAAGCUCGUGACACUAAGGGAGUCUCUAACUGCAGUUAAGGAGAAAUAUGAGGAAGCGAUGGCGAACAUAAGCCAAAUGGAAGACGAGAACUCCAACCUGAGGUCUGAUGUGGAAACUCUACAAGACUCGGUGCAGGAGUUGGACAGAGAGCUCGCUGUGUCCCAGAUAACAUGUAAAGAGUUAACAAGAGAAUGUGAUGGAGCAAAACAGCAGCUGAGGAUCCUGCAGUCCGAGUGCAGUGAGAUGAAGGACAUUUUACUGAAGGACUGUGAGAGAGUGCCAGAGGUUCACCGUAUGCUCAUGUCACAAAAUGAGGUGUUAAAGAAGUUGUUAAAGCAGAAUGAGGAGUUAAUGCAGGCCUCUCUGGAUGAAGCUGAAAGCAAAUAUGAGAAGACAGUGAUGACCAAUGCUGAGCUGGAGAAGAAAAACUCUGACCUGAUGUCCCUGGUGACCACGCUGCAAGGUACAGUGGAGGUGAUGGAGAAGAAGCUCGCUGAGACCUGCAGGAAGUGUGAUGACAUAAGGAGGGAGUGUGAGCAAGAGCGAGAGGCUCACAUUAAACAGAAGUUACGUUGUGCAGACUUUAGGAAAGCUUUAAGUGAGUGCAGUCAGUUACUAAAGGAGAAUGAGCAAGAGCUCGGAGCUCACAAUAUCCAGAUGUCACAGUAUGAUCAGAUGACUUUAACACAUAAUGAGAAGUUACUAAAGAAACAAAUGGCUGAAGCUGAGAAGAGAUACGAGCAGGAAAAGGAGACCAAUGCUCAUUUGGUGAAAGAGAAGUUAGAUCUGAUGUCCCAGGUGGAGAAUCUGAAAGGCAAAGUGGAGGGUUUGGGUGAACUGCUGGCUGAAAAACGCAGGCAGUGUGCUGAGGCCUUGUUGGAGUGUUCCAUUGCAAAGAGCAUUCAAACUAUGACCAAAUCCAAGGAGGAGACUUUAGAGCAGGAAAAAGAUUCAAUUAGGGUCUCUCUGUGUGAAGCUGAGACGAAGUACAGUGAGGUGAUGAAGACCAAUACUAAGCUGGAGAAUGAGAACAGUACCCUGCAUUUCACUGUGGUCAGACUGCAAGACUUGGUGCAUAACUUAAAGAAAGAGCUCUCUGAGACCAAGAGAACGUGUAAUGCGGCACUGAGAGAGUGUGAGCAAGAGCGGGAGGCUUACAGCAUCAUGCAGUCUCAGUGUGAUCAGAUGAAGCAAACUCUAUCUGACCAAGAGAAAUCUCAUACGGUCUCUCUGGCGAAAGCUGUGGAGAAAUACAACCAGGCGAUGGAGUCCAACGUUCAGCUGGAGAACGAGAAGUCGGACCUGAUGUACCAGGUGCACAAACUGGAAGGCACAGUGCAGCAGCUGGAGGAGAAGCUCUCUGAUUCUGCCAUGAUGUGUGGUGCCAUAAAGCAGUGUGCUAACAUGCUUUGGGUGUUAAAAUUCCAGGCAUCUUUGCCUGAAGCUGAGGAGAAACACGAGCCGGCGAUGGAGUCCAGUGCACAGCUGGAUGGCGAAAAGUCUGAGCUGAUGUCCCAGGUGAACUCACUACGAUGUUUAGUGCGGCAGCUGGAGGAAGAACUUUCUGAGACACGCAGGAAUUGUGAAGAGAGGAGAGAGAUAGAGAGCUCAAAGGUUCUUAAUACCCUGCAGAUGUAGAACAAGAUGAAUGGACUCUAAUCUAUGAUGAGAUACUAAAAACUAUUGCAUAGGACCAUCCUGUGAUCUUAUUAACACCGGAGAAACCUCCAGGGUCAGUGUUUAACACCUGGUAUGCAAAGUCAUAUGAUGACAGUGUCCUGGUUCUUACUAGAACCCAACACUUAUGUCACGAUGGUCUGGAACCUGCUAAUCAAAUCAAAAUUAGUGUUCUCUUUCUCUUCACUGCUGGGCCCUGAGAGGUUUAUCUGAUGUGAGUAGAGCGGAGAAUUAGUGCCAUUAAGGGCCCAACCCAUGGGACAGAUCAUAGAAGCUUGGGUUACAGUUGGGGCCCUGAGAGCUCAGUUCUAAGCACCAGUAGGGUACCAUUCAAACAGCCAUUGGCUCAAGUUUCAUAGCAAUCUUAAUUAUUACACAAUUCCAAAUUGACUGUAUAUGAUUGUAGAAAGAACAUCAUUCAUAAUCACACUCUUUACUGUUUAUGGUCAUUCAGACUCUCCAGUGUUUAUAAUAAUUUAUAAUCACACUGUCUGCUGUUGGCCAAAUAAGGAUGGGUUUCCUUUUGAGUCUGGUUCUUCUCCAUCAUACCAGCUAAAGUAGUUUACAGUAAGUACUAUGACACUGUUGUCAUAUGACUUUGUGGUGCACACAAGAGAUUACCCAGGUGUAAUUCACUGUCCCUGGUGGUUAGUAGCGUGAAACAAAACGACUGUUAACAUGGAGGUCCUCGAGAUGAAGUGGAUUAAAAAAACAUUCCUGCAAAAAAAGUG